GGUGCAAAAUCUCCUACCCUCAAAACAUUACAUUCAUUGUAAUUCCAAAUUCAACAAUAAUGACGUUUGUUGUUCAUGGUUGAAAAUCAUUUAUCAAUUUUUGCAUCAAAUUGUUGCAUCAUCAACCUUCUUUCCUCCAUUUUCAUGGUGAUCUAAUCAUUCUAAUCAAUCUAACAACACAAAACAUGUUCUCUUGCUAUUCCUACAACAACCUAAAUGGCCAAAAUGUCGAAUCGCGGACCUACCAAACGCUUCUUGAUCAACGAAAUGGAUCGAAGCGUAAAACGAAUGCUUAAAUUAAUCGAAGACGAAGGCGAUUCAUUCGCCAAAAAAGCCGAAAUCUACAUCCAAAAACGCCCGGAGCUCAUCUCACAGGUAGAAAACUUCUACCGAAUGUUCCGAACAUUAGCCGAGCGUUACGAUGACGCGACGUGUGAAUUACGUUCCGAACCUCCUUCUACCAUCACCUCACCAGAACAUCCAGUAACCAGAAGGUUAUCCGGAACCCACGCGAUUUUUCUAGACGUUAACAAAGGUUAUGAAACGUCGAUGUAUGAUUCGGGAUCAGAUCAGGAUGAUUCGUCGUUCUUCAACAGUUAUUCUAGCGCGUCGAAUUAUGGUAAUUACAGACGCUUACGCCGAAAGAUUACUGAACUAGAAAGCGAGCUGAAGAAGAUCCAGAUAGAACAAGAGGUUAACAAAUCGAAUCCAGAAGCUGCAGACUAUGAAGAAGAGUUGAGAAUAGCGAACGAGAAGAUACGCUUGCAGGACGAAGAGAUAUGUGAGUUAAAAACAAAGCUAGAAAAGUAUGAAUGUGUUCAACAAGACGAGAGUUUUUCGGAGGAUGAAUGCGAAAUGGAAGAUGAGGUUGAGCAGUUGAAGUUAGAGCGCGAUGAAGUUGUUUCUAAGUUGUGUGAAGUGGAAGAGGCGAUGCGGUUGAAAGAUGACCAGAUAGAUGAGUUGAAUGCGCGGCUGGUGAAUUUGCAGUUGGAGUGUGAGAGAUCGAAUGAGUCGGUUGUGGAGUUGGAGAAGAUGGUGGAGAAGCAACGGGAGAUGAUCGAAGAAGGCGUCGAGGAGAAGCGGCAGACGGAGAGGCAGUUGUGUAUUUCUCUUGAGCAUUAUAGGAAUGCUUAUCAAAUGCUCAGGAAAGGUUUGAUGGAACAGAAAAAUCCUGUUAUGGCAUCAUGAUAUGAUAUGAUGGUUAGUAAAUACAUCGUGUUUGUGUUUGGGUUGACGUGUUUAACGCGUUAGAUGUAAUGGGGUGUGUUUGGGAUGAGUUGUGUAUUGUCGUUUUUAAUGGGGGGCGUUCGGUGACCAGUUUAGUUAAAAACAGGUUGACCUGUCAAGCUAUUUAAAUUAGAAUAAAAAUACAUAUUUUACAAGGUCAAAA